CUUUUCUUGAUCUGCUGAUUGGCUCUCCUAUGAUUUGCCUGGUUUGUUUCUGGCGGGGUCCAAAUCUUUUACACAGAGAGAGAGAAAGACUGAACAAUUUUGUGAACGGGUAGAUCUUUUGAGUGUUUGAUGUAUUUUGAGAUACUUUGAGAUAUUCAAGAUACUCAGAUACUCCGUACGCUUCUUUAUCUCCAUCUCAAGGACCGGUGGCUUCAAGAUUUUUUUUUACAAAGAUAACCUUAUCUACUUUCCGAGAAAAAAAUGGCACCUCGCGGUCGAGGUGGAAAGUUCUCAAAGCCCUCUCGAGGAGGAGGCAAGCAUUUCAGCCGGGACGUGCAGCCAGUUGACAAGGAUGGCAAUGCCGUGGGGUUAUGGCGGGAGACCGAAGAAGCGAGCGACUCCUCUGAAGAAUCGUCCGAGGAAUCCUCUGGCGACGAGGACGACGAGACCCGCGUGCCCGCCGAAUCCUCGUCAGCAGCAGGGGAAGCAGGUCUGAGCCGUGAGGAACGCCGUGCCGCCGCGCGAGCCAAGAAACAAGCCGCCAUCGCAAGGAAGAACCAGGUUGCAGCGCAGCCGGGCGACCUGCCCCCCUCCGACUCGGAGGGAGAAGCAGGAGGAGCCGCGAACGGUGGAUCGGACGACGACUCGGACGACUCGGACGCAGAUCUGCCUGCUAACCCGAACCACACGGCGAAAUCGCGCUCGCAGCUGGAGAAGAGUCGUGGAGGUACAUCAUCACCACCAGCGGGGGAAGCAGCAGCAGCAGCAGCAGCAGCAAGGGGAGCAGGAGGAGCAGGAGGAGCAGGAGGAGCUUCUGGGAGAGGACUUGGAGGACAAGAUAAAGUCAAAGAUACUUCCCAGCUGUCUAGACGGGAACGUGAGGCGAUCGAAGCCCAGCAGGCGCGAGAGCGGUACCUGAAGCUCCACGCAGAGGGCAAGACGGACGAGGCCCGCGCCGAUCUGGCACGCCUGGCGCUCGUGCGGGAGCGGCGUGAAGCCGAACGGGCUCGCAAGGAGGCCGAGAAGGAGGAGAAGCUGGAGCGCGAGCGUGAACGGAACGCCGCGCGCGAGGAGCGGGAGAACAAGUUGCGUGAGGCUGCCCUUGGCAAGCCCAAGAAGGGGAAGAAAUAAAUAUACAAGACAGAUCAAGAACCCUUUUUACAUUAACUUGCUGAUCGUACAAGUAAUUCUGUAACCAAAUUGUAUAACGAUUACUCCGUACUCCUGACAUGCUAAGACUAAUGAUCUAAUGUUAUUAUACACC